GUCAAGGCAUCCGUUAUGGCAGAACAGUCGCAACAGAGAAGUUGAGGCUUGCAACUCUUCGUGGAGCUUUUCAACUUAGCUGGAAUGUUUAUUUCUGCCUAGACGGCGCAGUCACGCUUUACUUGGGUCCACAUUACAACUAUAAAGAUGGCUCUUCUGUACAGAUUUACUAAGCUGAACGACCGCUCGAACACCGGCAUCUUCACGUUUAUUGUCACACGGUCCGUAGCGCGUGAUUUACACCGAGAUCCUACCACCAAAGACUUUGUCUUCGGCUACCACAGGUGGGCCAUAACAUUUACACGGUCUGACAAACUUCUUGGCGUUUUCUUGAUUCUUCGCAAUCCCUCUAUGGGAACUAAAUGUUACAUAGACUUUUCUUUCACUCUAUUGAACAGAGAACAUUUCAGUAAAAACGAGGUUGUAGCACAGAAACAGAGUUGUUUCAGCGUGGACCACCCGGCGCAUGGUACUAAUAAAUGGAUUCCAAUGGCGGACUUGAGUACUCGCCGAUUUACUGACGAAAAUGAAGAGUUUCUUAUCGAACUCUCCGUGGGUAACGUGAAAACUGUCUUUGAAGGCGAAAUAAAGGUUCCGCACCAUUUAAUGGGAUCUCAUUCAAAGAGCAGCAAAUUUGAGACAGCUUACUUCAUAUUCGGUAGCUUUGAAUGGAAUAUCUCCCUUCUCCCCCACGGAAGCCAAAAUGAUCUGGACAGUGGGGCCCGGCCACGUGUAUUUCUUAAUCGUCUUACAGGAUUUGAGCAUCCCUGUCGUGUUCGCUAUAGGGUGGUUUUGGGAGAAGGUGAUCGCAGGGUAGAUUCCGGUACUCUAGACCAGAUAUCCGAUCUUGCCGGUCGGAUCCGCGGGUUCUCCCUUCGAUGCCAAGUUACAGAUCUGACACGACGAGGACUGCUCAAAGUUCACGUGGAGAUGAUUUGUGCUAAUACAAUCAGUGAAGCUAAAGUAGCCACUGUCCGAGACCCCAACACAUCCGUGAACUGCUACGAUCGUGACAAACAAGGAUGGUGCAUUGAAUCUGAUCUGGAAGGAGAGUUAGUAAAACUAAAACUAUUCUAUUGUGACCUACAUCACGUGCCACGUAAUCACCUUCGUUACGUAUCUUGGAAUGCUUAUAUCAUUCGCCAAGACCCAUCCACCAGAACAAGAGAAAGUAUUAUAGUGCUAAAUGUCCCUCAUUGCAGCUACUACAUCCAGGACGGUAUGGACAUGGGAAUCGUCAUGGAAACGGAUAUUCCCGUCCGGAAGAUUCGAAAUACGUCUAACGGAUAUUUGGGAACUAACGGGCAGCUAACAGUUCACAUUGAAUGGUUGGAAUCGCUGCUUCUGUUUGGCGCCAUCUACCAUAAAUAUGACGACCUCUGUCGAAUUCAUGGCCACCAAAUGAGGUAA